CUCCGGUUGGUGUCACAGCUCGAAACAUAUCUCUUGGUACUACCAUUUUGUUACCGUCUAACCGAAGAAAUACAUAAAACCAGUAAUCAGGGGGCAAGGGCAAAGUUACUAAUCUAAAAACCAAUCUUAAAUCUAAUUUUAGGGUAAAAAGCUUCAAUUUUGAAGUCAUUAGGGUAAAAACUAAAAAGGUUGAAUUUUGAAGUUCCAUUGGUGGUGGUGUGCCUUUGGCUUCUGCGACAGCUGUAAUUCUCUGCAAUAUCAUGAAAUCGGCAACAUCAGCCACGUCGCCAACGGCGACAAGCUUACAACUCGGAUCUCCCAGACUCUUAGCCUUGGCGCAGCAGCUGCGUCUAUACAAACCGCCGCUUUGUUCACCGUUCGACGAGGAGAGCACCAGGAAAUUGGUUUCCUUUCAGGAACUUAUGGCUCCGGUGAGGCUCACACCGAAGAAAGCGGCUGUCUUGAUUUGUCUCUUCGAAGGAGACGACGGUGAUUUGCGUGUGAUCCUCACUAAGAGGUCUUCCACGUUGUCUACUCACUCGGGAGAAGUUUCUUUACCAGGUGGUAAAGCAGAAGAGCAUGAUAAGGAUGAUGGGGUCACUGCAACCAGAGAAGCAGAGGAAGAGAUUGGAUUAGACCCUUCUCUUGUUGAUGUUGUUGCCUUCCUCGAACCAUUUCUGUCUCAGCAUCUGCUUAGAGUAACUCCUGUGGUAGGAAUAUUAUGGGACAAAAAAGCGUUCAAUCCAAGGCCAAAUCCUACAGAAGUGGAAGCUGUGUUUGAUGCACCCUUUGAAAUGUUUCUGAAGGAUGAGAACCGGAGAUCCGAGGAGAUUGAGUGGAUGGGGGAAAAGCUUUUGUUCCACUUCUUUGAUUACAAAACAGGAGAUAACGAUUAUGUUAUAUGGGGUUUAACUUCCAGAAUCUUGAUAAGAGCUGCAACAGUGGUUUAUCAACGACCACCGGCUUUCAUUGAACAGAAACCUAACUUGAAGUACUCCAAAAUGAACCAGGCUACUAGUUUAUAUGGAUAGUUGAAGGCGCUGAGUACUUGCAUCGGCCUUCCUUGGAGAUCUUGUGGCAAAUUUACAUGAAUCUUGUGAAAAAGGACGAUUGCUAGAGGUGUCUCUAUUUGGUCAUGUCCAGCAUACUGCCUGCGUUAUCUACACGUAAUAUCAUCAAGACGAUCGUUUUUGUGCAUAUCACAGUCAUUUGACCUGAAAGCCAAGCUCAUCCUUGGAGAAACUGGCAGCAUUUGCGUUGUAGUUGUGACUAGGACAUCUGAUGUUAUCUAAUUGGAAUGGUGUAAGAAGGGUUUACCUAUGUCUAAAUCUCAAUCAGCUAACACGAAAGUAAAGGUCUCCUGCAAGAAUACCUCUCUGUGAUUUAAAAAAGGAUGGGGCAUUCCGAGAAUCGAACUCGGGACCACUAGACCAAAUGCCCUGUUGUUGAUGUGACUCAAGUCGUUCUUGGUGAACUUGGCAACAUGUGGUUAUUGUUCUGAUGAAUCUGGCAAUACGCAAUUAGUCUCAUUCUUGGAAAGUCUUUCAGCAUGUUUUUGGAUGAAUCGGAUAUCGCAAAUCAACAAUUUAAGUUAUCUAAUUCAUCUCAUGCAAGAGAAAAAGUUAGGAUCAAAACGUGUCUUCUCAAAAAGUCAAUGGGGCAUUCCCAGAAUCGAACUCGGGACCUCUCGCACCCAAAGCGAGAAUCAUACCACUAGACCAAAUGCCCUCUGUUGAUGUAUUUCAGUUCAAACACUGAAGGGAAUGGUGUUGCCUUUGGAUUUUCUAUGCUAAUGCCAAAUGCCUGACAUUGAUUUAACUCGUUUUCAAGCAUUGUUGUCGCACUGCUUGAAAUAAGUAAGACCUUCUUGUUCUUGGGAAUCUGGCAGCAUAGCGCUUUGCAGUGGUGAAGAAUUGUGUCUGAUAUAAUCUGGAUGGAAAACUCAAUCAUAUGACAUGAAAGCAAAGCUCAUCCUUCGAGAAACUGGCAGCAUUUGCGUUGUAGUUGUGAGGGACAUCUGAUGUUAUCUAAUUAGAAUGGUUCACGAAGGGUUUACCUUUGUCCAAAUCUGAAUCUGCUGACAUGAAAGUAAAGGUAUGUAAUAUAUAUAUAAACCAAUAGCUUUAGCUUGACAACCCAAAACCUCGAUAUCUCCUACAACUUUAUAUAUGUACUAGAAAGACAAAAAGCCUAACCAACAAAAGUAGAGGUGAAGUCUUUGAGCCCCCCAAACGCUUGUAUCAGUAUUUUGCAAUGAUGCUUGUAGUUUACUGAUGGUGUAAUUCUAGGGAUUUAGUCAAUCGUUUAGUUUGAACAUGACCUUUGAAAAUAUGGCACCCUAGGAAAGAAUUGUCAAUGUUAGUAACAAAAGUUUAGCUGGCAUUCAGAACAUACAUUGUUGGAAAAAAAAAGGUCAAUGGGGCAUUCCGAGAAUCGAACUCGGGACCUCUCGCACCCAAAGCGAGAAUCAUACCACUAGACCAAAUGCCCUGUUGUUCAUGUAAUUCAGUAUAGACAGUUAGACACUAUGGAGAAUGGUGUUGCCAUAUGAUCUCUUAAUACCAAUUCCUGCUCUCUGAUUUUGUUGUGCAUGAAAAGCCACCGGUGCGAUUGACGUGACUAGUAUAGGACUGAUUUGGUUGGGGAUAUGUGGCUGUUGUGGUUCUAGGAACAUAAGCUAAUGGAUCUGAUGAUAAAGGAUACACUUUGCAUUUUGUUUUAUCUGUUAAUCUGAUCAUGUCUUGAUUUUGUAGGUCUCUUGAAUGCCCCUGAGAUUUUAAAAAGAAAGGGGCAUUCCGAGAAUUGAACUCGGGACCUCUCGCACCCUAAGCGAGAAUCAUACCACUAGACCAAAUGCCCAAUUGUUGAGCAAUUUUGUUAUAGAAAACCUAUAUUAAAUAUCAUAAGUCAUUGUUGAAUCGAGCUCUCUUAGAUGCGUUUGAGUGAUAAAUUAUUUUAAUUUUCAGAGCUAGUGGAUCUGAUGACGAGUAUACAACUUGGAUCUUGUUUUAAUAUUUGUCUUUUAAGACAAACAAUCUUGAAAGUCA